AUGAGGAUGGAAAGAAUCUUUGCGAGCUCUGAGCAGCAGAUAUUGGCCCAUUUUGCCCUUUCUCCGGAAACCUCUACGUCGCCAUCAAAGUUCAGAACCUCUGCGGUUGAGGGCCGCCUCCGACCAUUGCGGCCGACCAUUGCGGCCAACCAUUACGGCCGACCUCUGCCGUCGACCUUUCCGGCCGGCGCCGCCGCCGAAGAGGGCAGCUUGCCCAUCCCGAAUUGA